CACAGUUCAUUUCAGUAUUAGCGCAAACGCAAUGCAUUCAACAGUUAUUUUUGUGUUCCUCGCUAUUGUCGUUGGCACCAGCCGCGCCAUGCCGCCUUCCGGGCGCAUUUUGGGCGGCGAGGAUGCUGUGUCUGGUCAGUUUACUUUCGCCGCUUCAGUGCGUGUGGAUAACACACAUGUUUGUGGUGGCAGCAUUAUAGGCAAGCAGCAGAUAUUAACUGCAGCGCACUGCGUCGUCGAUGACAACAACAAAGUUGUCUCAAGUGAUAAAGUCUCUGUGCGUGUUGGCAGCAUCAAUCAGUUUGCCGGCGGUAAGAUCGUUUCUGUCUCCGCCAUUGCGGUGCAUCCCUCCUACGAAUACAUUCUCAACGAUGUUGCUGUGUUGACGCUACAGAGUGAGCUUGAAGUGAGCGAUAAACUCUCUAUAAUUGAGCUGGCGAGUAAUGCUGCGCAGCAACCAGCGGUUGGCACCAAUGUCACAGUUGCCGGCUGGGGUGAACAAUCAUCUGGUGCCACACCCUAUAAAUUGCAAUCGACUACUUUCACUGUGGCCAGCGAUGCGGUUUGCACCAAUGGCUAUGCCAAUCAUGACGAGUCGACAUUCUGCCUGGCGCAUAGCCUCAAGCAGGGCAGCUGCACUGGUGAUGCCGGAAAUGGCGCUGUCUACAAUGAUGUUUUGGUUGGCAUCAGCAGUUUUGUAGUGGGCGCUUGCGGAUCGCGUUAUCCAGAUGUAUUUGUGAAUGUCACACACUUUGCGUCAUGGAUUGAGAGCCAAUUUUGAGUUGGAGAAGUGGAAGUGGAAAAUAAAGAGCAAGUUGAUCAGGGAGUAUAUGUCUUUUUUAAUCAAUUAUUACGGCAUAAUGAAAAAUUUCAAUAAAGGUGGUAGGGUUGUCGAAUAAAUUGGGCAAGCGUUUUUAAUAAAUGUAUAAACAAGGUGGCGCAAAAUGAAGCGCCCA